AUAUCUAUAUAACUAUAGUAUUUAUCAGGUCUAAACUAAACGCGGUGAAAAUGUUUCGAAGACAGGAUCUGUAGCGCAGCUGGGAGAAAUGUAACUGAUUAAUAAGGCAGACCGACAGUGAAUCAUAGUCACUGAUUUCGUCUUUUCUGAAGAGCGAUUUUCGACUGCGCGACUGACUGUAGACUAACGUUAUAUCCCCCCUGAAGAUGGAGUUUGGGGAAAGGAAGAGAAGAAGGAAGUCACAGAGCUUUAAGCUGGUCACGGAUGAAGAUUGUGUCCCUUCAUAUAUGAUGAAUUCCAACCUCACCGAUGUGCAUAAAGAUGCUGCUGUUCCUGAUGUUUGGCUGGGGGACGAGGGCGUGGAGAUCAAGAGGCAAAUCACAGGAAUGAUGAGGCUUCUGAGUGAUAAGACCGGCAGGGUACAUCAUCGUGUCGUAACAGAGCAGGACAGCUUUACAAAGGAUCCUCAGGACAGGCAUUUGACCUGGGCACAUCAGCCUGCAACUUCAUCUCUUGUAUCAGUGGACCACCAGAGCAACAGCUGGAACUCUGCAGGGGACCCAGGGCCUUCACCGUCAUCCAUUUCCACCUCCAUCCCCAACGGUCCAAGUUGUGGCCAGUACAGCACCCGCUCCAAAGCCCUGAGAAGCCUCAACAAUACCAAGGAUCCGAUCAAAGUGAAUGAAGAUGAUGCAGAUGUAGACCCUCCUGCUGUGACAGAAGCCCCCUGCUGUAUGUGUAACUGUAAGGGCACCUUACAGGCUAUUUUACAGGAACUGCGUGCCAUGAGGAGGCUGAUGCACACUCAAAAAGCAUCCUUGGAAAGACAGGGAGAAGCAUCAUCAUCAUGCCAAGCCUGUCUUGGUCCAGGCCCCACACCUCACCGUAGGUCCCACAAGAGGAGGCCAACCUCUAAAGUGGCACCAGUGAAUGUGUCUAGUACUAGAAGAGCUGCUCUUGGCCCUCUGGCGGCAUUACCACUUAUAGUUGCACCUGCAGUAUCUGGAAAGAGGGAGGAAUGUGAGAAAGAGCAAGGCUCAUCUACACCCAACAGUCAUUCUGUCUCGUCUGAGGUUUCUUUGCUGCCACCUCAGAAAAAUCCAGUAACUAUUAACAACAGACACAAUCCUCUCCUCAACCAACUAAAGGAACAUCAGUCAAUAGAGUCUGAGGUGCGUCUUGCAGAGGAUCAUAAUGUGUAUAUCUCAAAAGCUCAGCUAGACUCCAUUCUGGUGAACUAUACACGCUCUGGCAGCCUGCUGUUCAGGAAACUGGUGUGUGCCUUCUUUGACGAUACUACGCUGGCUAACUCCUUGCCAAACGGUAAAAGGAAGAGAGGGCUCAAUGAUAACCGUAAGGGCUUGGACCAAAACAUUGUGGGCGCCAUUAAAGUGUUUACAGAGAAAUACUGCACUGAACAUAGAAUAGAGAAGUUGCCCGGGCCACGAGACUGGGUUCAGAUCCUUCAAGAUCAGAUCAAACUUGCCAGGAGGAGGCUGAAAAGAGAUGCUGCAGAAGCAGAAGAAGUCUUAAAUGGACCUUCCACAAGCUGCGACUAUAGCAAGCCUGCAAGCGUGAAGGGGACGGUCGUUAACAUGACGGGUUGA